CUCUCAACUUUCCCAUGUUGAUUCUCGGCCUCCUGCCCCUCCUCCUGUUGCCGGGCCCUGGUUGCCAUGCGGCUGACAUUCCGGAGGACACCACGGCAGAGUUCGCCGUCAGACUGUACCACCAGCUGCAGGCCCGGGGGAGGGACGACAACAUCAUCUUCUCCCCCCUCAGUGUGGCUGUGGCCCUGGGCAUGGUGGAGCUGGGGGCCCGUGGGGCCUCCCUCACAGAGAUACGCCAGGCUGUCGGCUUCAGCCACCUACCUACAGGUAUACACACCUCAGAACACACACACUCUCACAGCCACCUCCCAGUGAGUAAGACGUCUGUCUCUCUGUCCGUCUCCCAGAUGAGGAGUUUUCUCUGCUCCAGAACCUGACAGGGGCUCUGUCUGAGGACGAUGCCCACUACAUCAUCAGAUUGGCCAACUCCCUCUUCCUGCAGAGCGGCGUGACCUUUAACCCGGAGUUCUUGCGGCUGAUGAGGAAGUACUUCCGGGCGGAGGUGGAGACGGUGGACUUCAGUGAAUCAGCCGCCGUGGCAGAGCAGAUCAAUGGCUGGGUAGAGAACCACACUGAGAGUGAGUUUGUGUGUGGAAUCAAUGUUACCUAAUGCUAAUGCGUGUGGUUCUAUUUACAGUCAUGCAUAUAAGUUAACCACAGGUAGAACCAACAGCCCUGUGUGUGUGUGUGUGUGUGUGUGUGUGUGUGUGUGUGUGUGUGUGUGUGUGUGUGUGUGUGUGUGUGUGUGUGUGUCUCCAGGUAAGAUCCGUGACCUGCUGUCAGCUGAUGACUUCAGCAGUGUGACCCGGCUGACCCUGGUCAACGCUGUGUACUUCCGGGGAAGCUGGAAGAACCAGUUCAGACCGGAAAACACCAGAACCUUCUCUUUCAGCAAAGACGACGGGAGCGAGGCCCAGACACACAUGAUGUACCAGCAGGGAAACUUUUACUACGGUAGGGGGGGGGGGGGGGGGGGGGGGGGGGGGGGGGGGGGGGGGGUAGGGGGUGGGGGUGUGUGGUGUGUGUGUGUGUGUGUGACAGCAUAUGUGAACUCUCAUGUACCAGUCGGAAUAGAAACAGGUCCCCCAAGAGAUGCCUGUAUAUAAAUCCUAUACUUUUAUCACACACACACACUCACAAACACACACACACACACUCACAAACACACACACACACACACACAUUCUCACAAACACACACACACACACACACACUCUCAAAAACACACACUCUCUCAAAAACACACACUCUCUCAAAAACACACACACUCUCACAAACACACACACACACUCAAACUUUAAAGUCUGAAGACCGACCCCAUGCCGUGCUGCUACUCCCUCCAACCAGACGGCCUACAUUCAGAGCUUUACUGAAAGAGCUGAUCUAGCACACACGCACACACACACACACACAAACACACACACACCCUUUUGCAUGAAAAAGCAAAUGUUCCAGAAAAUGCUUUUCUUAUCAUGUAUAUUCUGUCUCUUCCGUCUCUCUCACAACCACAGACUCUCAUCUGAUAUUGUCCUUAUUCUAAACAUAAAAUAAAUGUGUCUCUGACAUUGCCUACCUGUCUGUGUUUCUGUCUGUUUGUCUGUCUGUCUGUCUGUCUGUCUGUGUGUGUGUGUCUUGUCUCAGGUGAGUUCAGUGAUGGUUCGUCCGAGGCGGGUGGUGUGUACCAGGUGUUGGAGAUGCCCUAUGAAGGAGAGGACAUGAGCAUGCUGGUAGUGUUACCCAGACAGGAAGUCCCCCUGGCAGCCCUGGAGCCCAUCAUCAGAGCCCCUCUCCUGGAGGAGUGGGCCAACAACGUCAAGAGGCAGAAGGUGGAGGUCUACUUGCCCAAGUAAAGGAGAGAAGACAAACACACACACGUUUAUCUCUUCUGUUUAUGUGAUGUCAGGUUUGAUGUGAGACACACGCUGGCUCACACACACACACAACACUUGUUCCAUUGUAUGUGUGUGUGUGUGUGUUGUCAGGUUCAAGGUUGAGCAGAAGGUAGACCUGAAGGAGAUUCUGCAGGAUCUGGGCAUCAAGAACAUCUUCACUAAAGACGCUGACCUCUCCGCCAUGACAGGUGAGAUGGCAGGUAGGAGCCCAGCCUGCCCACGUCUCACAGACACACACACACACACACACACACACACACACACACCUCCGCCAUGACAGGUGAGAUGGCAGGUAGGAGCCCAGCCCAGCCUGCCCACGUCUCACAGACACACACACAUACCGCCAUGACAGAUUAGAUAACUGUUAUUAUUGGUCUUUAAUUGGAGUGGUUGUUGGGAAAACUGAGGUCUGAGGAAAAAGCAACGGUGGGUUUAAUAAAUCAAAUCUAAUUAUGCAAUAUGAGGUGGGGGAACAUCAAACAGCAUCAGAGAAACUGACCAACCUCCUGUAGAAAGAUUCCAGGCUAAUACUCUGUGGUUAUGUGUUCAUGUGAAUCAUCAGUGUGUCAUCCAGGUGACCUUGGUCCCGGUACUUUUCAGUGAUGAGCUUUGGCAUCACUUCCUAUCAACAGAGAACCAGUGCAAACCAACAGAUAGUUAACCAUUACAGUUUUAGCGCAUUUAUUCGGAAAGAGCUACCUUGAAAAUAUCUACCAAGGUACCUCAAGCUGAGUUGUUGGGGCAGAACAGCGUUGCGCGUCAGAGAGGGUAAAAAAUAGUCGGAUAGAGAUCUUUAACAGUCUCAGCCAGGAGUGUUAGAAACACUUCACUCUUUGUGUUUCCUGUGUGUGUGUGUGUUGUUCCAGACGGUAAGGACCUGUUCAUUGGGAAGGCGGUGCAGAAGGCCUACCUGGAGGUGACAGAGGAGGGGGCGGAGGGAGCUGCAGGAUCAGGUGACCUUAUAGUUGCAUCAUCAUUCUCUAUCCCCUCACCUCCACCAACCCUCAACAGAGGACCUCUUUAUAUCCAAACUGCCCACUUUCUCUGUUACCCUUACUGUCUACUGACCUCAUAGUUAACUUCCUGAAAUGACAUUCUGUCUGCAGGGUCUACCUUUACUGUCUACUGGCUUUCUGCUCUCUCUUUUUUCCUCUCUCUCCUCUCUCUCUCUGUCUCUCUGUCUCUCUGUCUCUCUGUCUCUCUCUCUCUCUCUCUCUCUCUCUCUCUCUCUCUCUCUCUCUCUCUCUCUCUCUCUCUCUCUCCUCUCUCUCUCUCUCUCUCUCUCUCUCUCUCUCUCUCUCUCUCUCUCUCUCUCUCUCUCUCUCUCUCUCUCUCUCUCUCUCUCUCUCUCUCUCUCUCUCUCUCUCUCUCUCUCUCUCUCUAUCCCUCUCUCUAACAGUGCCCCCUCCUGCUGACUGUUCAGAGUGUCAGUAGAUUUAAAUGUCUCAAUUGUAUACUCCUUGCAUCCUCUCUCAUCGCCUCCUUCUUAAAACCCAUUGGAGGAGAAGGGCAGAGGGGAGGGAACCUCUGGCUUUCUCAUCCAAUGGGUUUUGAGAAGGAGGCAAGGAGAGAGGACGCGAGGAGUAUGCAACUGAGAUUUUCCCCGUGUCUUGAAUGUUCUCUCUCGCUCCGUCUCUGUGUCCUGUAGGAAUGAUAGCCCUCACCAGGACUCUGGUGCUGUACCCUCAGGUCAUGGCUGAUCACCCGUUCUUCUUCCUCAUCAGAAACCGCAGGACAGGUGUGUUUUUUACACUGUCGGUCAGUCAGUCAGUCUCCGUCUGCUUAUAUACAGUACCAGUCAAACGUUUGGACACACCUACUCAUUCAAGUGUUUUUGUUUAUUUUUAGUAUUUUCUACAUUGAAGAAUAAUAGUGAAGAUAUCAAAACUAUGAAAUAACACAUAUGGAAUCAUGUAGUAACCAAAAAAGUGUUAAAAAAAAUCAGAAUAUAUUUUAUAUUUGAGAUUCUUCAAAGUAGCCACCCUUUGCCUUGAUGACAGCUUUGCACACUCUUGGCAUUCUCUCUACCAGCUUCAUGAGGAAUGCUUUUCCAACAGUCUUGAAGGAGUUCCCACAUAUGCUGAACACUUGUUGGAUGCUUUUCCUUCACUCUGCGGUCCAACUCAUCCCAAACCAUCUCAAUUGGGUUGAGGUCGGGUGAUUGUGGAGGCCAGGUCAUCUGAUGCAGCACUCCAUCACCCUCCUUGGUCAAAUAGCCCUUACACAGCCUGGAGGUGUGUUUUGGGUCAUUGUCCUGUUGAAAAACAAAUGAUAGUCCCACAAAGUGCAAACCAGAUGGGAUGGCAUAUCGCUGCAGAAUGCUGUGGUAGCCAUGCUGGUUAAGUGUGCCUUGAAUUCUAAUUAAAUCACUGACAGUGUCACCAGCAAAGCACCAUCACACCUCCUCCUCCAUGCUUCACGGUGCAUGUGGAGAUCAUCCGUUCACCUACUAUGCGUCUCACAAAGACACAGCGGUUGGAAACGCAUGUACAUAUUACCUCAAUUACCUGGACUAACCGGUGCCCCCGCACAUUGACUCGGUACCGGUACCCCUCUGUAUACAGCGUCACUACUGUUAUUUUACUGCUGCUCUUUAAUUUUUAAAUGUUUUACUUAACACUUAUUUUUCUUUAAACUAUAUCGUUUGUUAAGGGCUUGUAAGUAAACAUUUCACUGUAAGGUCUAUACCGGUUGUAUUAGGCGCAUUUGACAAAUAAAAAUUGAUUUGAUUUGACAGUUUCUUUCUCUCCUCUUGCCACUCCCUCCAGGUUCCAUCCUUUUCAUGGGCAGGGUCAUGACACCAGAUGUCAUCGAGCCUACCGACUUCGACAACGACUCCAUGUAACUAUGAAGACGGCCAAUGGGAUUCCAGUGUGCUGCUAUCCUGCUAUGAGGUCAUAUGCUCAAAACCAAUCAAAUCCAGGCAAAACGACGCCAUAAAUGCAACCUUUCCUCUCCCCAUCGUUGGCUGGGUUUUUAUACUCUUAUCGAGAAUAUAUAUGAUUCCUAUUCUAUAUUCUAUAUAUUGAUAUAUACAUAUAAUGUGACUGUGUUUUGAUACUGUAUGCUUUAACCACUUGGUAAGAGAGAGGGAGAGAGCUGUAAAUACACUACAUGACCAAAAGUAUGUGGACACCUGCUCGUCGAACAUCUCAUUCCAAAAUCACGGGCAUUAAUAUGGAGUUGGUCCACCCUUUGCUGCUAUAACAGCCUCCACUCUUCUGGGAAGGCUUUCCACUAGAUGUUGGAACAUUGCUGCGGGGACUUGCUUCCAUUCAGCCACAAGAGCAUUAGUGAGGUCGGGCCUUCCACAAACUGUUGCCACAAAGUUGGAAGCACAGAAUUGUCUAGAAUGUCAUUGUAUGCUGUAGCGUUAAGAUUUCCCUUCACUGGAACUAAGGGGCCUUGCCCGAACAAUGAAAAAAGCCCCAGACCAUUAUUCCUCCUCCACCAAACUUUACAGUUGCCACUAUGCAUUGGGGCAGGUAGCGUUCUCCUGGCAUCCGCCAAACCCAGAUUUGACCGUCGGACUGCCAGAUGGUGAAGCGUGAUUCAUCGGUCCAGAGAACACGUUCCCACUGCUCCAGAGUCCAAUAGCGGUGAGCUUUACACCACUCCAGCCGACGCUUGGCAUUGCGCAUGGUGAUCUUAGGCUUGUGUGCGGCUGCUCAGCCAUGGAAACCCAUUUCAUGAAGCUCCUGACGAACAGUUAUUGUGCUGACAUUGCUUACAGAGGCAGUUUGGAACUCUGUAGUGGGUGUUGCAACCGAGGACAGACUAUUUUUACACGCUACGCGCUUCAGCACUCUGAGCUCUUCAGUAAGGCCAUUCUACUGCCAAUGUUUGUCUAUGGAGAUUGCAUGGCUAUGUGCUCGAUUUUAUACACCUGUCAGCAACGGGUAUGGCUGAAAUAGCCGAAUUCACUAAUUUGAAGGGGUGUCCACAUACUUUUGUAUAAAUAAAGAGAAGUAAUGUUUUCUAUCAUGUAUUGGAUCAGUAGAAAGAAAAUAUAUAUCCAUGCCCUUUAAUUUCACUAGCCUCACACACACAAAUGCAUACACACAUGCUCUGUUGUUUAAGGUGUGUGUCUCCAAAAUCACCAUCAUUAUAUUCCUGUACAUGUACUAUUGUGUUAGAUACCAGACAAGAUAUUUAUUGCAACAACAAAAAAAAGUGUGCAGACAAUUUAUGUAUUUAAUCACACAGAAUCUUAGUAAUUUUAUUUUAGUUCCUCUGUUUGUUUUUUUUAACGCUAGAAGUACUUGAUGAACUAAUAUGCCUUCUGAGUUGUUGAUUGAGUGGAGGCUUUUGCAGACAGGUGAACAGGUUGCUAUUGAGAAGAGGCGUGCAUUUGGAGACUGCGUUUGGAUGUACAGGGAGAAAUUAUAACACCAGCUGUAUUCACUCUUUUACUGAAAUAAAUAUGAAUGUGUUCCAGUUACAAUUGUCUGUCUUUUUUAUAUAAUUGCAUUGAAUUGUAUUUGGUAACACUACUUUACAUUACGUUCCUCUUAGACCUGUGUAGUCGCUUUGUAAUUACUCUACUUACAACAUUGUACUGUAUUAGUAAUAGUAAUUACAUCAUUUCUAAUGGUGACCCUCUGAGGUAAAAGGCCAUAUAACAGUAUUGUCACGUUAAGACUGGAAAUGACCUAGACAAGCCCUCUGGAUGCAUCACAAUCCUCGUUGAAAUAGCAUAACAGCAAGAACAGAGUAGAGUCCUAGACCAAAUCUGAUCAAUAUUAUUUUUUGGGGCAAGGAUAGGGCCAUCAUUUGGCAUGGAGAGAGAGAGAGAGAGAGAGAGAUCUUAUCACAGAAGUAGUCAAGGGCACGCUAGAGGACAGACAAUACUAGGGAAUGAGGCUGCAUCUCAAAGGCUUCCUCUCCUCAUCUCCUCCCCCUCAUUGCAGAUGAUGGAAAGGAAGCUGUAGGCAUUAUCAUAUCAUUACAGAACAAUACUGGACAACCCGAAGCCUCAGCAAGCCAGGAGGGGAAGGGGAGGAGCGAAGGGGGUCCAGAGAAACUGCGUUACGCC